UCUAGUUUAGAUAUCAUUAAAUCAAACAUGAUGAAAGGGUUGCUAAAAGGUCUUAAAUACUUUACUAACAUAUUUGGUAUAAAGCGAAAAGAGCCUGAAAUGCAGAUUGGUCUGCCAACAGAUGUAAAGCACGUGGCUCAUAUAGGAUGGGAUGGUCCUUCAACAGUACAGUCUAAACCUAGCUGGAUGAAUGAGUUUCAAACACCAGCAGGAGGGUUUCAGACACCACCUUCAGCUCUUCGAGGUACAAACAAGAAAUAUUUUGAUAACAAUAAUUUGAGCCGGAAAGGCUCGAGGGGUAAAAGUUCUGCGGCAAAAGACUCGCCACAAGUGCCAAAAUCAUCGAAGCGCACUAUAUCCACAAACGGGAGUGGAGCCUCUUCAACAAAGGAGAAAACAGAGAAAUCAAAGCAAUCAAAGAAGACUAGAAAACCCAAGGACUCGAACCAAGCUACCGAGUCAAAAGAACCAAAGAAAAGUAAGCGAAAGAAGGUGAAAGAGUUGGUCGGUGAAGGAAGCUCGAGGCGGUCCAAGGUCACAGAGUCGGAUACUUUUUCCGAAGCAGGGUCCCAAUUUAGUUUUGUUUCGGAUUUAACAGAAGGGGAGAACAAUUGAGUUGAGGAGUUUUUUGGUCAGGGGGGGGGGGGGGAGUGCUCUUUUGGUUGGUAUAUAAACAUAUUGGUAAAUUU